UGGCGAGUUAAAUGUUUCAAGGACCAUGGACAUUUUGUAUAACUAUGGCUAGGAUAGUCAGUACUGAUUGACUUAAUUCAGUCACUUUAUAAAAUGCAUAUUUACUAUCAACAGCUGCUUUCUACAAUUAUGGGCUCAAAUCGGUGGUCUCCUGAUUCCCAUGUCCAUCAUCCUCCUCAUCAACAUUGUCAUCUUCAUCCUGGUGGUUCGACAAUUGAUCCGAUCUGCCAACAUCGCUGGUCGGAUGAAAGGAGAGGCUAAGGUAGAACGCCAAGAGGCUAUCGAAUUCGUCCAGAAUGCAAUCUGCAUCUUGCUCCUGCUCGGUCUGACCUGGGUCACCGGAUAUCUGCUUUUGAUCCCGUUAUUCAGUCAGGUGGCUCAGCCAAUCUUCGUCGUCCUGAACUCCUUCCAAGGAUUUUUCAUCUUUCUACUCUACUGCGUCCGGAAGCCUCACAUCCGUACGAAAUGGGGGCUAACUUGUUAA